ACUUCCUUGAUCUGCUGCAGAUGUUCACAUCGCUAGUCUUUGCAUUCAUUAGAUCUCUCCUGACGCGGUGUGCGAAGUUCAACCACAAUGUCGUCCGUACCGCACGGCUAUGUUGACCCCAACUUCCCCAACCCCAUGGGUCCCAAUGACGCGACGAUUAUCAUCUAUGGGUACCGUCCAUCCCUCGCCCUCGCCGCCCUAGCAAUCGCGCUCUUCUUCCUCGCCCUCCUCGCCCACCUCUACCUCCUCCUCCGCCACCGCACCUGGUACUUCAGCACCAUGCUCGUCGGCACGACCAUGGAAGUUGUCGGCUACGUCUUCCGCCUGCUCUCCAGCCAGCAGGACCCCUACUCCGUCCCCUGGUUCGUGGUGCAGUACUUCUUCAUCGUCGUCGCGCCCGUCUUCUUCUCCGCCGCCAUCUACACCGUCGUGAGCGUGCUCAUCAACGCGUACGGGAGGGAGUAUGCACCGCUGCCGCCGCGCGCGAUUCUGGGGAUUUUCAUCACGUGUGAUGUUGUUGCGACGAUUACGCAGAUUGCUGGCGCGGCGCUGAUUGGGGUUGCGUAUUCGAAUGGGGAGGAUCCGACAACGCCGAACCAUAUUCUGCUCGCGGGAUUGGCGUUCCAGGUCUUCACAUUUGCCGUCUUUCUCGUGGUCUUGGUCUGGACUCUGUGGAGGGCUCGCCGCAGUUCGGUCAACGUCAGUCGGACUUUCCUCGGUGCGUUGGUUGUUGCCACGCUCGCCGUCUACCUUCGAACAUGCUUCCGACUUGCCGAGACGGCGCAGGGCUUGGAGCACUACUUGUCGACCCACGAAGUCUUCUUUGGAUGUCUCGAGUUUGCUCCGAUCGUGGUUUCCGUGUACGCAUUCACGUAUUGGCAUCCUGGGGGGUGGCUAGGUGCAUCGCUGAAGGGCCGGACAAUUGGGGAUGCUGACGUUUUGGAGGACAGCGGUCCCGGGAAGCUUGCACCUUGA